CGCGCGCCCCUCGGCUCCCAUGGCUGGCGAGCGGCGGCGCGCGGAGUCCGGACGCGAGGGCUGGGCCGCGCGCGUGACGCCGCGCGCCCCCCUCCGGCCAGGGCGGCGCCGGCUGGGCCCGCAAGAUGGCGGCGGCCGCGCCUCCCCCGCCGCCCCACUUCCGCGGGAAGCGCCCUCGCCGGCGGCCCUCCGGCGCCGCGGGCGGCGGGAAGUGAGGUUCUCCGAGCUGCCGCCAGAGGUAUGCGGCGACUUCGCCCCGCCGGGAACGCCAGCCCCGGCCGGAGGGUUCCGCCCCGCCGCGGCCGAAGAGGAAGUGGGGGACGGCGCUUAUUACCUGCGGUCUGGGCGGCGGGCGGAGCGGCCGCCCGGCGAAGCGGGGGAGAUGAAGACCCGGAGGUUCGCCCGCCUGCAGCAGCAGCAGCAGCAGCAGCAGCAGCUUUCGCCGCCGCCAACGAGCAGGAGAGGCCUGAGGGAGUCGCAGUCUUCGGAGGAGGAUGAACCAACUACCCAGACUAUUAGGAGCCAUACAGUCUCAACAAGAUCUAUGAAGAGAACUCAAGGGGCAGCAGCAGCUGUUAGCGUGGGCUCUGAAAGUGUAGCUGAUUUGUGUCGGCCUCCUAUACGAAGUUCAGGAUCUGAAUACUCUUCAUUUGGGACAAAUGGAGAUGCCAAAUUAAAUGAAACAGACAAAAGAGAAAUGAAAAAAAGACAACGAAAGUUGGAAGCUGAAUAUGCUGGAGGUGGUAGAGUUCAGAAGGUUGACUUCUCUGAAGAAGGGGAAACUGGGGAGGAAGACAACCAAGACAGCUCUGGAAGUGAGGGGACUUCUGCUAAACCCACAGAUGGGGAUUCUGCUUCACCAAAAGAUCCAGACUUCAGGCCACUCAGUAAAUUUCCAGACUCUUUCAAGAAGCCAAUAUCAAACCAAGACUACAAGCUUAACAAACAGUCAGAAACUUUUAGGGAACAAAGUCACGUCCCCCCGUCCACAACCAAACUUCAAGAAUGGUCUGAUCAGAAAACACAAAUACGGAAUAGAUUACAAACUUCCAAGACUUUAAUGCAGGAACAUUUUUCAGAUGAUGAUAGCCAUUAUAAAUUAAAUGUUGGAAACAAGCUGUCAUCACAUGUCCAGAAAACGGAACCAACUGGACAGUCCAAGGAAAGAACCUCUGCUAAGAUAUGGCUUUGGGUGAUAGUAAUAGCAGUGAUACUAGUUGCUUGUGUCCUAGGUCUCUGGUACAAGUUUAUGCCCGAAUCAUCACUAAGUGGAGAAAUCACUGCUGUGCAAAGAUUCCAGUUCCAAAUGAAACAACUUAUGAAUAAAUACCCAAGUCAGGAUGAAAAGUUGUGGAAGAGGAGUCAAAUAUUUCUUGAAAAACAUCUCAACAGUUCCCACCCUCGACUUCAGCCUGCCAUCUUGCUGCUCACUGCUGCCAGAGAUGCCGAAGAAGUGCUCAGGUGCCUGAGUGAACGGAUUGCAGAUGCAUACUCUUCCUUCUUCAGCGUUAGUGCCAUCCGGAUAGACGGGGCCGGCAAAGCUGCUCAGGACAGCAAUGUUGUCAAGAUGGAGAUGGACUCUCAACUAAAUGACGGGUUCAAGAAUGGCAAGAAGGCAGCUGUGGUGCAUCGAUUUGAGUCACUCCCUGCAGGCUCCACCCUAAUCUUCUACAAGUACUGCGACCAUGAGAACGCGGCCUUCAAGGAGGUGGCCCUGGUGCUGACGGUCCUGCUGGAGGAGGAGGAGACGCUGGGGACCAGCCCAGACCUAAAGGAGAUCGAGGAGAAAGUGAGGGAUUUCCUCAAGGUCAAGUUCACUAAUUCAGACACCCCCAACUCCUACAAUCACAUGGACUCUGACAAAUUGAGUGGACUGUGGAGUCGCAUCUCCCACCUGGUACUGCCAGUCCAGCCUGAAAAUGCUCUGAAGAGCGGGUCCUGUUUAUAAGAUGUGGGAGGAAUAGAAAGGAAAGCAAGAUUUGGGUUUGGAAACAUUUCAUAUCCUCUCACCUGAGGCGAGUCAGUGCUCAUUGUGCACGAACUAUUUUUCUUUCCACAGAAAUGAAAGUUCUAAUUAAUGUAAGCACGAGACAUUCAUCCCCUAAAUCACUUACUCAUGGUCUAUGGGUGAGAGAAGAUCUUUCCUCUGUGAUUUCUUUCCAGAUUUGCGGUUAUUGCUGUCCUGAAUAAGGUUCUUUUGGGAGCGUGAGUUGCGGGCGAUACAACCUUUUGGAAUUCUAGGGCAGAAUUACUAUUGGUUUGAGUGUGGUACUAGAAGCAGACUUUUAAACAUCCACAACAAAGUUGUUUUGGGAGUGUGGGUAUUGGACAGUACAGUCUUUUUGAAUUCUAAAGGAGAAUCAUUAUUGGUUUGUGUGUGGUAUUAGACAGACUUUUUUCCAUCAUCCUCUAACCUUCUAGUUUAGGUAUCUCUUCCAAGGCUUACUGAUUUGUAAAAUAGUGUGGAAGGAACACUCCCUUACCCCAAAGUAUCUAAGCGUGUUUUAUCGCUUGCCCUUCCUAUCACAAAGUGAGUCUCAGUUCCCUGUCUACCUUUUUUUAGUAUAUCAGAAAUAAUAGACACCUCCUAAUUUAAGGGAGUCUUGCACAAGGUAAGAUUACAAUAAGCCAUUGACACCUAGGUGAGCUCUUAGUAUUUAGAAAGCCCAUGUUCCUUCCGUGAGUGAAAUGUUUGCUUAAGACAUCUAGUCUCAAAAAAUAUCUUUUCGCAGAAGGAAUUCCUGAUCCUGCAUUAAGAUUUUACUGAACACCCCUAGUCAAAUCUAUCUGAUCAGUCUUAAUACACUUGCUUCUCCAUUCCCUACCUUCUAAAAAAGGUGGGUUAGAUUUUGUCAGAUAUUAGGGCAAGUUCUAGGACUUCAAAUUUAAAAAAGAAAAGCAGAUUUUUGCAGAAGGAAAUCCUUUGCUUACUUGGUGUUGCAGUUCUGAAAGAGAAAUUGACAUAUCUGUAAUACUUUUCCUUCCAAGUCCUCUAAUAAGCUUUGUGAAGUCAUUUAGAGAUUUACUAUGCACAAGUUAACUUCUUUCUGAGUGCCUCAUGCCAAAAAAGUAAAAUUUAUCGAAGUUGAAUUGAAAAAGUGUAUUAAUAUACUUUAGAUGCAAAACUCAAUAGAAAUAUAUAUAUAUAUAUGUAUAUAUAUACACAGCACUUGGAUCUCUCAAGUCCUGAUGUUUCUUCUUAAUUCUUAUAAUUUGGAGCCAUGUAGAUUUUUCUGUGUUCAUAGAACUAGAAAGGUCCUUGUCCCUUUGAUAAGUGAAAUAGUUCUUGCCAAAAUACCAGAAAUAGAUAGCUUCAUCUUUUUAUCUGAUGUUCUUCUAAUAUUGGAGAAUAGUUCAGUUCCUCCAUGUUGAAACAGCCCAUAUCCAUAAAUGAUUCUCCCCAAUUAAAACAUAUUUUCCAGGAUUAAAAGUCAGAUCAUUAUAUCAUUUUACACAGAUGACCAAAACAGCUGGGUGAUGAAAUGCUUUUAUUUUAUACAUACGAAAUGUUGGGUGGAGAAGUAAAUAUGUUUAUAGUAAAUAUUUCACUGACCAAACAAUUUUUAAGUGAUUAAAAUGCUAAUUACUGUACCUUUUGGAAACAAGUGAGCAAGCAAUUUGUAAAUUACUUAAAAGUAUUUUAGUAAUUUAAAUAAAAUUUACUUUCCUGGA